AUGAUCAGCAGCAGCAAGAAACUUGACAGAAUGGCAAAGAAAUGGCAUGAAAUGAUCGUCAAGGGGAGAAAGAGAUUUUCUUCACUGGGGACGUCUAAUGCAAAAGUUAGAGCUGGUGGCAUUGAUGAACCAUCGGUGGCUGAAAAAGGUCAUUUUGUCAUCUACACGACAGAUCUGAAGCGCCAUGUUGUGCCCCUGUCGUAUCUCAGAAAUAAUGUAUUUGUUGAACUCUUAAAGGUGUCUGAGGAAGAGUUUGGCCUAUCAAUUCAUGGUCCUAUAAUGUUGCCCUGCGAUUCAGCCUUGUUCAAGUACGUAGUCUCUAUUGUUCAACAAGGGAUGGAAAUACACCUGGAGAAAGCUCUGCUUAGUUCCAUUUUUCCUACUCGGUACUCCGUUUGCACCUCUUUCCGUCAGGGACAGACACACCACCAGUAG